UAUCAACACUGUACUACUCCACAAGCCAUCUAUAUGGUAUAAUCAUAAAGACAUUUCGAUUAAACACAUCCUUUCCAAAAUAAUUGAAUUUAAACAUUCUAUCAAUGGCCCAAAAACAGUUCACUGGAAUGCAGUAAUGAAUAUUUGACCACCCAUCAUUGUUAAUGUUAAGACUUUUACACAACGUUUAGUUCUUGUGGAAAUAGAAACAAUUUUAUCUAGUAAUACAUAAAGCCAAACAUUAAGAUAGUCGCGACUUAGGUCCAGAAAAAUCUGAGAUACCAAAUCUAGCCCCGCUGUAACGAUUAGGUGAGAAGACCGACGUGCGCUGUGUAGGUAAGCCAAGCUGUUUGCUUCCAAAUCGGCAUUGGAAUUGCACGUUCCUAUAACAGGCAAGGGCUUGCGCCUAGAGUUACUUAUUUCGUGCAAAAGAUAUUUAUAGUAGCGUCAUCGCAGUGCCCAUAGCAUUUAUAGGCAACAUGUGGCAGGGCGGUGCUUGAAAUAUCACAGCAAACAAACAGAAGAAGCAAUUCAAGCUGGGGAAAUCACACGUGAAGAAGGCCGUGAAGUGACAGAAUUAUUCGAAGAAGAACAAGCCAGAUAUAUCGAAAUUGAAAAAAAAGCUGCUGCUAAAAGGCAGAAAGAAUCUGAAAAGAGAGCAAAGGAACUGUUCGAACGUAGAACAGCAGAAGCUAAGCAAAUUAUCGAGAAUGUACAAAUGCUGGGUACAAUGAUAGUACUGCCAAACGCAAGGCAAAAGUAUGCCGAGAUUGUUACUGAAGUGUUGCAUGAUAUUGGCCUGAUAGUUGUACAAUCACAGAAGGUACCAUUCCUAUUGACACUGACAGUAUCCCGUAAUGUGUCUAACGUGUGUAUCAGUAAUACUAUUUCCUUUAUUCAGUUCCAAUUUACUGAAAGCUCACUGGAAGAACUAUUCUAUUUUGCACCGGAAAUAGAGUUCAAUGAAGCCACUGUAGCUGACAUGCUUCAGCCCGAGCACGAAAGCCUUAUCUGUCUAUUGAAGCCUUCAAGAGGAUCCACUGUAGAGGAUGUUCAUCCAGCAGUCUUGGAAAUGGUUUACGGCCCGACCCUGAACCCUCCUGGAGGCAAAGACUCGUUGUAUGAGAGGUUAAAGCAUGAGGAGGAAGAUGAAGAAGGAAUAACUGAAUUGACUGGCAUUUGGGCUCCCCACACCGACUUUCUGUACGCCACCGUGCUAAGAAUGUUCUUUCCCAAGUACUCAGCGGAGUACACCAUUCCAGAACCAGAACCCACACCUCCGUACAUCGCCAUGGUGUUCGAUCAGAAGAAGACGCACGAUGUCAUGCACGUGAUGGCGCAGUACCCGAACGAGAUCAUGCAUUAUGGGUUCUUUACGUCUGAGGUACCUUCCAAAACGGAGUUGGUCGCUAAGAGUGUGCGCAAGCUGGAUAAGGUGAUAGAUAAGAGGACGUUUAAUGAGAAGAUGGUGCUGCAGGUCUCUAAGAAAAAAAGUGAAUGCAUAUUUGCCUUGGCUCAGCUCACUCCAAUCUACAUGUCCCCAAAUGCCGAAGAAGGUGAAAGGGAAUGCCAGUUAUUCUUCCCUGAAGGCUAUGCCGAUGAUCUCAAUGAAGAAGAUUUUGCGUACGAUGAGCUGGAUUCUCUUACUGUACAAGAAGAAGAAUCUAUAGAAGAAGGUGAAUUGAUGAAUGUUGAAGGAGAUCUUGUAGAUGAGGAGGAAGUGUCUGAAGGAGAGUCUGAAGAAGAAGAUGAAGGAGAUGAAGAGGUGUUUGAUGACUUAUUUGGGUUCGAUUAGUAGCCUUUUUAUGAAGGAGUACUAUUUUGUACCUUAUUAUAUUUUUUAUACGAAUAAAAUAUACAGGAUGUCCAGAAAUAGAAAGAUAAUCCUGCAACUCUAAAAA